GAUUAACAAACCAAUUUCCUUGUAAUAAUUUUUAGUGAUUAUUGGAAUAUCGAAACUGUGAUGCACCUCCAAUCCAUGACACAUUGAGAGGUAUUCUUCCAACUCUCCAAUCAACCGCCGUGCCCCAUUUCACCCAACAACCCAAUCCAUGGCCGUCCGUUUCAUCAACCAACUGUCCUCAUCGAUAACUUUCUAACUACAACUGGGGUUUUUCUACAAUCUCCGUUACUCGAUCCAUCGAUCCAAUCGAUAACCCUUUCUGUCAAUUUCACCAUGUCGACCACGAUGCCAUCUCAAUCUCCGUCAUCUUCCUCCGAAGACACCUCCACCACCAUCGAUUCGACGCCGUUGCUCAGCCCAACUUCCGACGGCAUCUUCCGCAGCCGCCAAUUCGUCAGAGGCACUCCCUCCCUCCGUGGCGCCGCGAGAUUCCUCCGCCGCGCAAGUAGCCGACGGAUGCUCCGUGAGCCGUCGAUGCGUGUGAGGGAAUCGGCGGCUGAGCAAAUCGAAGAACGGCAGACCGAUUGGGCUUACUCACGCCCGAUUGUGAUCCUAGACCUAAUUUGGAACCUUGCGUUUAUUGUUGUUUCGAUUUCUGUACUGAUUAUGAGCCGAAAGGAGAAUCCAAAGAGGCCUUUGAGGCUUUGGAUUGUUGGAUACGCGUGCCAGUGUUUGCUUCAUAUGAUUUGUGUGUGUGUUGAGUACAAGCACAGAUACCAGCAACGUUCAUCGGAUUAUGGUGGCAAUUUGAGAUCGGAAGUUAAUAACGGAAAUCGAAUUCCAAAUUCGAGUUCCAACUCUUCGAGCUCAGGGAGCGAUGAAGGGGAGAAUGCAGAUUUUCCAUCAAAUAGUUUGCAGAAUGAUGAUGAUACCAGUGUGGCAAAGCAUUUGGAGUCUGCUAAUACAAUGUUUUCGUUCAUUUGGUGGAUUGUUGGAUUCUAUUGGGUGUCUUCCGGUGGUCAACAUCUUACUCUGAAUGCACCUCAAUUAUACUGGUUGUGUAUUACAUUCUUGGCAUUUGAUGUGUUUUUUGUGGUCAUCUGCGUUGCUGUGGCAUGUGUUGUUGGAAUUGCUGUUUGCUGCUGUCUACCUUGUAUUAUUGCCAUCUUGUAUGCAGUGGCUGAUCAGGAGGGUGCAACCAAGGAUGACAUUGAACGACUCCCUAAAUACAAAUUCAAAAGAAUCGAUGAUUUCGAGAAACAAAAUGGGGAGAUUCAAAAAGGUUACGGUGGAAUCAUGAUAGAAUGUGACACCGAUUCCCCCGUUGAACGCGCUUUAUCUGAGGAAGAUGCUGAAUGUUGCAUUUGCCUUUGUUCGUAUGAUGAUGGAACCGAACUCCGUGAGCUCCCGUGUUGUCACCAUUUUCAUGCCCCGUGCAUCGAUAAAUGGCUGUACAUUAAUGCCACCUGUCCUCUUUGCAAAUUCAACAUACUGAAAAACACUAACCAAAGUGGCAGUGAUGAAGUUCUUGAGUGUGGCUUUUGCAUAUUGGUUGUAGUCUACUAUAUGGAGAAACUCUGGGAUUUCGAUGAAGAAAGUACAGCGUUUGAUUGCAAUUUACAAUAA